UGGCUGCACAUGCUAGCGCCCCACUUCCUGGGGAGUCAUCCACUCCAGGCCACGCUGCUGCCUCAGCCAGACGAGCCAACCCACCUGCACUUCGCCCACAGAUUGAUUCUGCCCUGCUUCCAGCACUGCACCCGCCCCUCCCCUGCGCUCCUCUCCUCGCUGCGCUCACACCACCUUCUCCCCCCCGCGGGCCUCCCCCUCUUCCACGCCAACUGGACGCUCCGCCGCCCGCCACCUGUCCCGCUCCCGCCACCUGGUGUAGUCGUCUCCGCUGACGUGGCAGCUGACGUGGCUGCUGACGUGGCUGCUGACGUGGCGUCUGUUGCAGAAGGGGUGGCUGGUGACGUGGAAGGGGACGGAUUUGCGGGGGUGAGGAGGAUGGUUGGGGAGGACUGGGUGGUUGUGGUGGCGGUGCCACCUGGCGCGAUGCUAUUGGAUAGAAUGGAGGAGAUGGUGGAUGAGAUGAUCCAAGACAACUGGUGGCACGGCCGGGUGGUUUACUUUCGAGGAGGCAUGGGCGUGCAGGAAGCCAGGUCUCUCUUCUCGCGCACGCUGCUCCUCAUCGCGCCACCAGGGGAGGCUCUGGACUUCAUUCUCUUCAUGCCGCCUGCUGCUGUCGUGCUCGAGAUUCAACCCUCCUCCCAUCCUACCUCCUCCCACCGCGCUCUCUCUCACUCCCUCUCCCUCCGCCACCACACUCUCUUCUGCAAAUACCGGAACCUUCCCGGGCAGCCCGAAAAACUUCUCUGCGACCGCCUCGCACUGACGCUCCUCAUGCAGCUUCUUUCCACCGAAGUUUUCUUCAGCCCGGCGCUGCCCGGAGGCAGCCAAGCAGAACGGGCAGCCCUGCGAACAAAUUCCAUCCCAGGAUCCCUUAUCCACGGGCAGCAGCAGGUGAAAAACUUCAAAAACUGGGCGGCGUGCAUUGGCAACCGAGGCAAGUGGGUCGGAAACCCGAAACCCCGCACCCUCCCUUGGGAUUACCGCGGGGUGAGCAACAUGUGCGAUAGAAGAUACCUUGAAUCACACCCUACGGGCAUGGCAUAUGCUAAGUAUGCAGAUGCUUAUGCCAUGAGUCCGGGAGCGACUGAGGCGGGGUGGACGGUGCGGGAGGGGGUGAAGUACGAGUGGGUGGUUGGGCCCUCCACAUGCCCGGCGCCUCAAGUGCCCGAGGAGAUUAAAGCCUUUGAACUAACGGCUAAGGCACGACUUGAAAAGGCUCGGUUAGAGCAGGAUGGAACGGUGGAAGCAAGAAGAGCAGCCGAAGCAGCGGCAGCAGCAGCGGCGGUCGACCUAUCUAACCCCUUUCUGCCGUUCAACGCGUCAGUGUUCUGCGAGCGGGUGGGGCGGGGCAGGCGAAUACUGGUGGUGGGGGACUCGAAGCAGUAUCAGAUGGUGGAGUCGUUUCUGAACCUGAUGGCGUGGGACAGGAAGAAGCCAGCAUGGGAGAUGGUGAAACUGGAGGAUCACCCAAAGCGGUGUGUGGACGUGCUGGGAGGGGACCCUGAGAAGAUGGCUCACGAGUUUUGCCAGUGGUGA